AAAGGGUGAUUCAAUCGAUUUCUUAAAAAAAGAAAGAAAGAUCAAUGAGAAUCGGCGGUGUGGAGAUUAUGCAAUACGCGUCGGAGAUGAUGACGUCUUCUUCUCCGGCGGUGGAAGCGUUCGAUCUCAAGGACGCUUCGUCUUGGUGGUCUGACGUUAACAAGUCUCCGAUUUGGCAGGAUCGUAUCUUCCACGCUCUCGCUCUUCUCUACGGAAUCGUCUCCGUCGUCGCUCUGAUUCAACUUGUGAGAAUCCAAUGGAGAGUUCCAGAAUAUGGAUGGACGACGCAGAAGGUCUUUCACUUCCUCAAUUUCGUUGUGAAUGGAGUCAGGGCUGUGGUGUUUGUCUUCAGGAGAGAUGUGCAGUUUAUGCAUCCAGAGAUUCUGCAACAUAUCUUGCUUGAUAUUCCAAGUCUUGCGUUCUUCACCACCUAUGCUCUUCUAGUCCUCUUCUGGGCUGAGAUUUACUAUCAGGCGCGUGCUGUAUCCACUGAUGGACUGAGGCCAGGCUUCUUCACAAUCAAUGCAGUUGUUUAUGUAGUUCAGAUUGCUCUUUGGUUGGUUUUGUGGUGGAAGCCUGUUCGAGUUAUGGUUAUCCUAUCAAAGAUGUUCUUUGCUGGUGCUUCCUUGUUUGCUGCUCUUGGAUUUCUACUUUACGGUGGAAGGCUUUUCCUAAUGUUGCAAAGUUUCCCAGCAGAGUCUAACGGCCGCCGCAAGAAGUUGCAAGAGGUUGGUUACGUGACAAUUAUAUGCUCUACGUGUUUCCUCAUCAGAUGUAUCAUGAUGUGUUUUGCUGCUUUCGACGAGGGGGCAAACCUUGAUGUGUUGGAUCACCCCAUUCUUAACUUCAUAUAUUACCUGUUGGUAGAGAUAUUACCUUCCUCUUUGGUCCUCUUCAUCUUGAGAAAGCUACCACCAAAACGAGGCAUCACACAGUACCAUCAGAUCCGCUGAAGGGUAAAGACAGGACAACAAAUUAUCAGAAGAAGACACGCCCAUGUUUCUUUUAUCGGAUAUGCUUUUAUUUUAUUCAAUAGAGAGAAAAGCAUUAGGAACAAUUUUUCUUAAAAAGGUUCUAUAGCUGAUCAGUAUUUUUGGUUGAUGAUGGGGAUGAAUAUGACUAAGGAUCUUGUUCCCUUUACAUAGGUAAUGUGAUAAAGAAAAGAGUAUUCUAGAAAA